GAUAGCUUACAGACUAGUAUUCGGUUUCACAAAUGACUUUUCGUAUGCUCCAUCUGGUUUUAACUUAUGUGCUCUGUAUGCCAUUUGUGAUCUUAGUAUCCCCAGCUGAACUGGGCCAAAUGAGCAUCCAUAACUAUAUCAAUUAUGUUAAUCCACCGGCUGUUCACAAGUACAAACAUGCCAAUGGAGACAGCAUACUCUGUGUCAAAUUUACUGAUCAAAUUUCCCUUCGGCCUGAAAAGCAACAAUACGGGUAUGAUAAGAAGAAUUCAAAUAUAGGCUGGAGGGAUACUCAAGCAGGGGAAUCCCCCCCAAAUAUCUCAGGCAGUGGAUUUGAAAAAAGGUGUCCUGAAGGAACAGUCUCUGUCAGGGAGAUAAAGCACGAACACGUAAAAAGGGCAGGAUCUGUAAAUAUGUUUUUGAGGAGAAAAAUGGUAGAAUCUUCGAAUCAGGUUCAUGACUAUGCUGUUCUACAAUAUUCUUCUGAUGGAAUCUAUAGCGCACAAGGAAGGUUUAAUAUAUGGGAACCAUACGUGGCACCUAAUGAUUUCAGCCUUGGCCAAAUUUGGCUUGUCCAAGAUCAACGACUUCCAACAAGACAAACAAUUGAGGCUGGUUGGGAAGUCUACCCAGCUCAUUAUGGUGAUUCUCGACCAAGAUUGUUUGUAUAUUGGACGAAUGAUGAUUACAAGUCCACAGGCUGUAGGAAUGCGGAGUGUCCAGGAUUUGUGUUGUCCAAUGGUGCACAAAACUAUCUAGGCCAACCCAUAGAUCAAGUAUCUGAGGAUGGAAAAGAUCAAAUUGACAAAUUGAUAAGCAUAAAAAGAGAAAUUUUGCAAGGUGAAGCAAUAUGGUCUUUAUAUAUAGAAGAUAAUGUUGUGGGUUAUUGGCCUGGAUCCUUAUUUAGUUCAUUGGCUGAAUCAACCAAUGUAGUGCAAUAUGGAGGGGAAGUUUUGCAUUCUACUAAUGAUAUAGGAACCCCAUUCUCAAAAACACAUAUGGGCAGUGGUCAUUUUUCUCAAGAGGGCUUCUCAAAGGCAGCUUAUAUUAGGGACAUCCAAAUGCACAACUCUAAUAAUGCUCUUGUGUAUCCUCAAGAAAGCAUUAUAGUUGGGAAACCACUUUGCUAUAAUCUAACUCUUGGCAUUGACAAUACCAAUUCUGAAUGGGGUCACUACAUGUUUUUUGGAGGCCCUGGGGGAGAUAAUCCUAGUUGUCUCAAUUAAUUAUUAGUUAUUGGAAAGGUACAUAUCAUUUAUGCAUCUAUGCUUUUAUCAUGUAAACUAUUUGAGAUAAAUUUUCAAUUAUAUGUGAUAUUUUAUUAUGAAUAUAUUAUUAAAUUAAUAUGAA